GUCGACGCACCGGUGGCUGGCGAACGAUAAUUUUCCCGGAGUUUUGGAUGGAUAAACAAGACCGUCGUGUGGCCAACGCGCAGAGGAAAUAUAGCCCUGAUGGCUACAGGCACCGAGAGGGACAAUGGCUCUGGGAACAUGAAAGACUCCAUCCACAGCGCGCUGAGAUCAGUGCCACGAGGGCUGACCCUGGGUCCUUCUCUAGCCAAAGAUGGACAGCUGGGUCUUUGGUGUGUUGGGCGAGUGCUAGAAAAAGGCACUCUGCUAGGUCUGGAGCAACCUGACAAAAUAAACAGGAAGGAAAAAGCUGAGGGGAUUCGACAUACAUGCCAGAAUGAAAUCUCAGAUGAAAUCUACUGGAUGAGGUUUGCCUGCGGUGCUCAAAGUGAGGAAGAGAGCAAUGUCAAUAUGCUCGAGGUGGAUGGAAAGUUAGGCCUCAGUGUCUGUCGGGACAUUCAACCAGGAACAGAACUGCUCCUCUGGAAAGAACAAGAACAAGUGGCCCUUCUUGAAAAAGAAUUCUGUGAAAAUAGUAUUACUCCAAGCAGAGAAGAAAAACAUUCUUCAGAGGCCAUCGCAUUAGAUCACCUCUCAGGCUGUGCAGAUCAAAUUAAAAGCACCACACAAAGGUAUAUAAAACCUCCAAUCAAAGAGAAAAAUCUUGUGCGGGAGUCUAGAGAAUGUAAUUCCAGUGUCCUGGAGCAGAAUGGAACAGACGAGGCACACGGGGAAGGUGAAGGUCAGCAAAGUGAUGAACGUCCUUCUAGAGAUAAGAUCCAGAACAUCAGUGAUAGUACACCACAAUCCCAGAGUUCAUCAGAACAUGUGAAGCCAGAGAGAAGCCUGAGAGCCAGCUCUCGUCUUGCUGCUAAACCUCGAAAAGUGCACUCAUCAACCAUCCGCGUCUACAAACGACAAGAUCCAAAAAACAGGUCAGACAGCAGCAGCACGAAGAAGCUCUCAGAUAACAAAGACGACAUGAUGCAGACACUGUAUGCUAAUGAGGAUUCCAACGCAGAGCAAAACAAGCAGGACUUUACUCAUUUUGUUAUCCGAGAGAGGAAGUACAAAUGUGACGAGUGUGGCAAGAGCUUCUUUCAGCUGUGCCAUCUGAAGAAACACAGAUUCACGCAUCAAAAUCAGAAGCCUUACAUGUGCACGGAAUGUGGCAAAACAUACAGUUCGCAGGAGAGCUUCCAAGCCCACCUGCUGAUGCAUCGCGGUCAGAGGCCCUUUCAGUGCCAGCACUGUGACAAAAGCUACGGCUUGAAACGCGACCUCAAGGAGCACCAGGUUCUUCACUCAGGUGAGAAACCGUUCAUCUGUGACAUCUGUGGAAAAGCUUUCGCUCGCCGGCCCUCACUGCGCGUCCACAGGGAAGUCCAUCGGGCAAAAGAGCCGGACUACCAGGCUCCCAAAGUCAAGUGUCCCGAGUGCAAUAAAGAACUGGCCAAUUCUGGUUCCUUGAGGAACCACAUGCGCCUGCACACCGGAGAACGGCCGUACGUGUGCCAGCACUGCAACAAGAGAUUCCGCCAGCGGGGCAAUCUGCUGGGACACAUGCGCAUCCACACGGGAGAGAAACCCUACAAGUGUGACCAUUGCGAACUGCGCUUCUCCCAAGUUCCUGAACUGCGCCGGCAUCUGAUCUCACACACUGGUGAGGUGUAUUUGUGUCCAGUGUGUGGUAAGGCCCUACGGGACCCUCACACGCUGCGGGCCCACGAGCGUCUGCAUUCGGGAGACAGGCCUUAUAAAUGCGCACAAUGUGGGAAAGGGUACACGAUGGCAACGAAGCUACGGCGCCACAUGAAGUCUCACUUAGAGGUGGAGCCACAUGUUUGCCAGGUGUGCGGAGCCAAAUACACAAUGAUGCAGAGUCUACAGCGGCAUCUGCAGUCCCACAAACAUCACGCAGACUCUGGCCAUGCGCUACCAACACGAGGGCGACCCAAAAGGUCGGGCCAGAAGGCAGAGGAUGAACAGGGUCGGACUGAAUGCAGUAAUUUGGAGGAGGGACAAGCUGUGGCAUACGUUCAAGCCUCAGAAGAUUUCACUAUGGUGUCUCAUCCAGAAGCUGUCAUUUUGGAUUCGGGAGUGUACCACGGUGGCACAAUUGUUUUGGAAAAAGGAGUGGAGAAGGGGCUUGAACGCAUUGAGCUCAGUGAGGAUAUGAUUGAGAUUAUUGUCUCGGAUGAAAAUACCAAGUGUAUAGUAGUGCAAGAACAGCCUACCAAGUGCAUAGAGCUUCAGGAACAGGAAGCAAAUGCUAAAUGUUUAGUUGUGCAGGAAAAUGAUGCAGGUAGUGGCUGUAUUGUAGUUCCCGAACAGGAUGCUAAUAGUUGUUUAGUCAUUUUACAAGGUCCAGAUGGUUUAAGCUCAGUGGCACAGACUGUAGAAAUAGAGACAGGGCUGUGACACUGAAGCGUCUUCAUAUUAUGUUUCACACCAAAGGAAAAACCUUUGUGAAAUAAAUGUAUAAGCUCUGUUGAAUUUAAGUAUUGCUGCUCUUUGAUUUUUAGGAGUGUUUGUGGUACAUAUCAGUAAAUAUUGACUCCUGCGCGCAGUGGACCUUGUUUCAUCACUGUUUAUACAGACAUUGUACAAGUACAUCAGCAAAACACAGCUGUUUUGGGAAAUUAGCUAAUACAAAAGGGAGUUUUAUGAUAUAUCUGUUGCAUUGAAGUUAAAAUUAUCACAUAAUUCUUGCGUUAACAGUAAAAAUGAAAUGCCAUGUUUGUACAAGAAGAACAUGCAUUACUGAUAAAUGAAAGGAUAAGCAGGACACUAACAGAGCUCUUCAGCUACAUAGAUAAGGUCAUCGUCAUUUCAUGAUGAAAGCUGUUUCCGAUAGCUUGUAAAAAAUUGCAUCUACAUUUAAUUAUUACAUAAAGAACUACAUUUAAUAAUAAAAUAUAUUUAAAGAAAUCACAGUGUAAAAUAUUUAACUUGCUUUGUGAUUUUUUUUUUUAAUUACGAAGAGCUGUCCUCAAUCAUAAAUACAAAUAGUUUGGAGAUAGGAAACUUAUCAUCUUGUUU